UCCCCAUUGUCCAAAGCAGCAGAGAGUAUUCAAAUCUCCUCUCAACUUCCUCUAUUUCCGUGCCUCUCUUUUGAUUGCUUCCUUUUCGGCUUAUAUUAAACAAAGAGUUGUUUAACGAAUAGUACUUUUCUAUUUCCACCAUGUCUGCAUUUGGAAAACUUCUUGUGAUUAUGGCUAUGGCUAUUUUAGCCAUUAACUUAAACAAAGUUUCUGCUGGAGAUCCAGACAUGCUUCAAGAUGUUUGUGUUGCUGAUCUUACUUCCAGUUUUACCAUAAAUGGAUUCCUUUGCAAGAAGAACUUUUCAGAAAUAGACUUUUCAUCAAUGGUCAUAGCCAAGCCAGGAGCAACAAACAACACAUACGGUUCCGUAGUCACAGGUGCCAAUGUUAUGAAAGUACCUGGUCUUAACACACUUGGUGUCUCACUUUCUCGUAUUGACUAUGCUCCUGGUGGCAUUAAUCCACCUCAUACUCAUCCUCGUGCUACAGAAAUGAUCUUUGUUACAGAGGGUGAAUUAGAUGUUGGUUUUAUUACAACAUCUAAUGUUUUGAUUUCGAAACAUAUUGUAAAAGGUGAAGUGUUUGUUUUCCCUAAAGGACUUGUUCAUUUCCAGCAAAACAAUGGCAAAGUUCCGGCAGCUGUUGUCGCCGCCUUCAACAGCCAGUUGCCGGGGACUCAAUCUAUUGCUACAACGUUGUUCGCUUCCUCACCAACUGUUCCCGAUCAUGUCUUGACUAAAGCAUUCCAAAUUGGAACUAAACAAGUGGAGAAAAUUAAGUCAAGGCUUGCACCUAAGAAAUAGACUUUUCGUUAAUUGCUCGUGACUAUUAUUUUCUUUGGUGAGGUUGUUAAUUGAUAAUGAUUUGUGUGGGUUCAAAUAGGAAAGAGAAUGGAUACUUUCAUUUGUUUUUAUCCUUUCUAAAUUUAUUUCCAAUAAUGUUGUAUUUACCUUAUGAGAACUUCGUUUCUCUAUUCGUCAGCAAUAAUGUUAUCUUUGUGUAUUUUUCUCCUACUCUAACGACUUGAAUAUAAGAAAAUGAUCAUACAAAAGAUUUUUUGUGCU